AGUAGGUUAUGUUUACGUGAUAUAUGUAUAUUAUCGACAGUUAUUGCGAACGAGUGUAAGUUAAAAUUGUACGAAAGAAAUGACUUGACAAAGGAUAAAUAAUGGAUCCUCUUCAAGUAUUUGAAAAUUUCAAAUUAGAUACACUUGACAACAAGUGGAGCGAUGAAGUUUGGGAUCGAGAGUUUCUGUCAUUUCCUGAACCUCCAGUUGAAUAUUCCAUUCUUCUGGGAAGCGAGGAUAUGGAAUUAUUUUUGAAAGAAACUCGUGAUACUUUAAAAAAGUGGAUGAAUCAAAAUCAAGAUUUAGAUAAAUCUAAUGAUCAACAGAGAUCAGAAGUUUCAUGGCAAACACUCACUGCCUUAGAUAUCAACAUCAGAGGUUUACUCGCAGUACUGGCUUACCUUAUGAAGGUAGGCCAGGCUGCAGGUGCCGAUGAAGAUUCUCGACAAGCUUGUUUAGCUAGUGCAAGCCUCUAUCUGACUUUACUAAAUAUACCUGGAUGUAGCACAUUUCAUGUAUUUCAUCCCCAUCUAUAUCAACGAGCCCUGGAAACACUUAAGUUAUCUGAACAUUUAGUGGCUAAUAGAAAACAUCAGAGAGCAAAUGAUUUAGAAUCUUUGUAUGGUGAUCAACCAGAUGAGAUGCUACCCAGUGAAAAAAAGACUUUGAUCAAAGGUUUAAAUAGUAUUCUAUUUGAAUUAAUUACACUAUUGGAGACCUUCUAUAUGAAAUAUCAAAUGAGGUCACUAGAGAUAACUAUAAUGAAUUUAGUAGAAUUAACAAAGUUAGAAACUGAUAGAAAUGUAUUUCUAGUUGAUCAUAUUAAUUAUUCUGAAGCUUCAUUAACUACUUUAACAUACAAUGCAUACGUCGCUUUACAAGAUCUUUGUGAUCCAAGACAUGGAGAUCCUAAAAAUACUAUAAUAUUGAUUAUGGGUCAUUUAUUUCCUAAUCUUUGUGUCAAUGUUUUAGAUUUACCAGCAAAAGCUGCUAAUAUACUGUGGGAUACAAUAAUACUUUUUGUGAAAAAAUUGUUAAAUAGUCAAGGAACAGCUGCUGAAAUGGGUAUGGAAAUUUUAGUUCAGAAUUUAUUAGCAAGACAUCCAGAACGUUCAGAUCCAAGACAAAAGCAAGCAGGCAUUGUUGCAAAAUUAAUAAAUAUUUGUCAAGGAAGAAAUUUUUGUAAAUCAAUAACAAACUUAGUUUUGUUUUGCCAUAACAGUAAAGUAUCCUACAGAAUUUUUGGACAAGAGGUGAUAAUAAAGUUGUUACCAGAAUUAUCUGAAAAUACAACUGAAAAUGAAUUAGAUAUGAGGAAAAAAACUAAAGCAAUUUUGAUUGCUACGGCUUUCAGCAGAUCCAUUGAUACAUCUAGUAUGGUCAGAGGAAAAGCAAUGUCAAUAGUUGAAUCACUCAUCAAUGACAAUAAAUUCAAAGUUGAAGAUUUGCUAAAUAUGGAACAAACAGAGAAGCCUCUUCCCUCAUUGAAUGAAUUAUUGGAAGCUCUUGAAGAAGAUAUUAAUCCACUUCCAGGUCCAAGUACUUUCAAUUCUGUUUUGUUAGAUCGAAUAGCUGAUGAAAGAGCUUUGGUGAGACGUAGCACUAUCCAUGCCAUUAAAAAUAUUGUAACAUAUUUUCCAACUCUUAUAGAUCAAAUAGUACCCACACUUGGGAAACAUUGUCGAGAUCCUGCAUUAUCUGUACGUAGAGAUGCUAUUCAAACAUUAGCAACUCUUUUAGAAAAUAAUCCAAAUAAUAAUAUUCUCUUACAUGAAUAUGUCAAAUCUGCAUUACCAAGAAUAUAUGAUGUUGAAAUCAAAGUACAAGAAAAAGUUUUAGAUACCUUACAGUAUCUAGUUUUAACUAAAAUAAAGCCUUCUAUUGAAAAUAGCAGUGAGGAAGUUGAUCAAUUACCAUGGAAAAUAAUACAACUGAUAACAGCAUUGAAAAUGAGAAAAAAUUUGUUAAAAAUCUGUGAAUACUGGGUGAAAAAUGGAGUCAUUACUAAUUCUUUAGUUAGUAAAGUACAAAUGCAUGUUGGAACAGAUCAUGACAUGGAAUCAUGGGUAUUGUUAUCGGUAUUUGCUGGGUAUACAAAGCUAACAAAUAUGAAGCAAUAUUAUGAAGAUUACAAAAAUAUGUUGGAAGAUAAUGAUUUUGUUUCUUAUUUAAAAUUAGAAACAUUAGUAUUCACAUGGCAAGGUAUGGGAAGGGAUUUUUUAGAAAAUUUGCAUGGACAUAUUUUUGAGUGUCUAUGUAAAUUUCGUAUAAAUAUUGAAUCUAUCAGUAUAUGUUUAGAUUUAUUGAGUGGAAUGACAAAGCGAUUGAAUCCUGGUACAGGUGAUGAUUUGUUACGUUCCUAUGCAAGUGAUUUAAUGAAAUUGUCAGAGGCUCAGAUUGAUAAAUUACCAGAGGAAAAGGAAGAAAUUGAAAGUAAAACCAUAGAUUUAUAUUUAAAAGCUAUGAAUACUUUGGGACAUGCCUCAUUUCUUUGUAGUAACAUUGCAUCUGGAACAAGUUUGCAUAUUGUGCAGAGUUUAUUACUAGAUUGUAGUAAUAUCCCAACAUCAGCUCAUAAUGCAGAUAGACUUAAAGCAGCUGGUAUUAUUUUAAUAGCACAGCAGUCUAUGAGAGACCGUGAAUUUGCAGAGACUGCUAUGCCAGUCUUGGGACAACUGAUGAGCAAAAGUGGUUCUUCCGAGUCUCCUACUCAAGCUGCUAUCAGAAUAAACGCUGUGAAAGCAUUAGCAGAUCUUUGCGUCAGAUUCACUGCCUUAGUAGAACCAUUUUUACCUGACAUGUGUAUAUGUAUGAAAGAUCCAAAUCCUCAAGUAAGAGAGACUAUCAUUGUGAUAUUUGUUCAGCUGCUGCUUGAAGACUUCAUCAAAGUGAAAGGUGCAUUCUUUUAUCACAUAUUAACGAUGCUAUCAGAUGAGGAUGAAACAAUCAGAGAACUGACAGUGUUUUUAAUAAAGCAAAGAUUAUUGGCCAAAAAUAAAAAUCUUAUAUCACAAUCUUUUGUAAGGAGUAUAUUUCAUUACAACAAUUGUCAAACAAAGAAUAAAUUCAAUGAUAGGGCAAUCAAAAAGAAAGAGAAAGACGCUUUGACACUGCCGGGGAACAAAAAUCAAGCCAAAAGACGAAUAAUUUAUAACUUCAUGAUGGAGCAUCUGGAUCCACCAAGUAAGAUAAAAAUUUUGAUGAAAUUAAAUUCCGAAGUUUUCGAAGCAGCUUGCGAAAAAUUUAUUCCCGUGAAGAAAACUGAAGGCGCAUGUGUUCUUAAAGACGUUAUGUACAUAAUUUCUAACGAAAGGUUGCAAGCUAAUUAUGGAAGUAAAGUGAUAGACGACGAGAAUCAAGACGAAGCUCCAACCGCGAUGGAAACUCAAACCAGUAAUGCGGUCAACGUUAUUGUAGAAGGUAUGAAGAAGUUUAAGAAGGAAGUCAUGUUUAACACUUUGAUCAAGCUAAGAGAAAUGUUGAAAAAAUCUAAAUCACCGCUCAUGGUCGAUGCUUCCAAGUUUUUCAUCAAGUUUCUAUCCCAAUUUAACAAAGAUCAAUUAGCUGACAUGUUUGACGAACAUGCCGCAUUGAAAAAAGAAAUUGACCACGACAUGAGUCUAUACGGUAGGAAUCCCGAAGAGGAUGAAGAAGAGGAAGAAGACGAGGCAGUAUCCGAGGCUGACUCCGGCGUUGAACAAUCUACUCUAAAUAGAAGUGCGACUGAAGAUAGUGAGAGUGAGUGCUCGAAGACCCUAAAAGACAUUAAUGCAAACGUAUCUCCAAAAAAAUUAUCGCAAGAAAAAAAGUCUAUUUCAUCGCCGACAAAAAUACAAGAUAUAUGUUGCCAACAAUAUCCGAGGAUAGUUUUGCGAAGAUUAUCCACGUUGACAUAUCCUGGAAUAAAAGCAUGGAGAAGUCCUCCACGAGAGGAAGCCACCUGUUCUAGACUCUCGGAUCCAGGUCCAUCAAGUAGCGGUAUAUCCGUUUCGUCACAAAUUACUACCGAAAGUACAACGUCUCCGGAUUCGUCAGAAUCGGAGUCCACCAGUUUACCAAGGCCAAAAAAAAUGCCUCGAUAUUCCGAGGAUAUCAGUGAUGAUGAAGACUCUUAAAGGUACAAGCGUUGAGCGGUUGUUAUUUCAAUGUUACUGACAAAAUUGUUAUAGAAUUAGUGCCUCUGCGUCUCUUACUGUUAUUUUUGUAUACUAUUACUAAGAUUUCCCGUCUGAUAUGCACAUAUAUAUUAUUUGUAUAUAUAUACGACGUGACUCCACUUUGAUUACAUGGUUGUCUAUUAAUAAGAAUUAAAAGAUAAAUUUGUCAUCAUAAUGAAGAACUCAGGACCAAGCUAUGAGUAACGGUAUAGAAGUAGGAUCGUUCUAAUAAGUUGACCGAACUUUGACGCGUAAAGAGAUGACAAAAAUUUUUAGAUAUCAACGGUAAUAGACGCAGACGAGACCUAUAUUUUUAUGAAUUUCGAGUGAAUGAUUACCUAUUGAAUCGACGCACCUACCUCUUAGUUUAUUGUAGAUUCUAUGCGCUAGUUGAUUAAUUGUAUACGUCCGAGCAUUCAACUCGUUUUGAAUGUCUGUAAAAUGAGAAAACGGCUUGUGUUGGAUUUUUGUGAAGUGACUCAUAUAGUUAACUAGCAA